UUCAUUGCUUCACCUGCCGUCCACCUUGACCUAUAUCCAAAGCCCAACAACCAACAAGCAGAUUCCCUGUCCGAUGAGCCUCCUAACAACCAUUCCAGCGCCAGCUCCUAUAUCAAAUCGACUCAGCCUAGUGAGACCCUUGACUUCUCCCACGUGCAGCUGAUGUGUACCGUGGAUGCCCACCGAAUCCGUGUCCGUUGGCUCGAAAGUCUCCUACCAUCCAUCGACCAGAGACCUAAACCGUUUCAGCCGGCAACCAUGUCGUUCGUUGCAAGCAUUUUCAAGUCGUACCCUGGCAUGUUUGUGGACGGCGGCUGUCCCCCGUUUGUUCACUGGUCGCAGGUAACGGGCGAGGCCACAUGUCAGCCAUUAGAAAAUUGUAUGAACAUGGCCCGUAUGUGGGCCGCUCGAACAGUAGGAAGCGCUGAUAUGGUCCAAGAGGUUAUCCAACAAGAGAUGAAAAGACUUUUUGAGAAGGGAAACCUUCUGGCAACGUUCCAGGCCUAUCUUCUCUAUGCUAUUAUGCUCUUCCCGAGCACGAUUUCGGCUGGCAGUAUCCACCAGGAUGUCAUGAUGCGACUCCAGGAAUUAGCAGGAGACGCAGCAGGCAGAGGAACCAUUUGCUAUGCGGAGAUGGAAAGUACCCGACCUGACUGGGAAUCCUGGAUUAUCGCAUCCGCCAAAAGGAGGACCCUUUUCGCCGCCUCACUGUUCGAUAACUUGGUCAAUUUUUCUCAAGGUUCGCCGUCCUUUGUCGCAGUUGAACUUGCCGGUCUUCCUGCUCCAGCAAGCAAGACCCUAUGGAAUGCACGGACACGUCAAUGCUGGAACCAGGCUUAUAACCGGCAGCUAAGCCACUGCGGAGACGGUGAAUUGUUGAUCAGCGAUCUCUGGCCCCAGUCUGAGGCAAAUUCAGAAGCGCUACAGCCGAAGAUCGACCGUUGGUUGUCAUCAGUUGACGAGUUUGGGAUGAUGCUUUACGCUGUCACAGCUCACACUUAUAACCACAACGGC